AUGGGCCCCUGUACCGCCUCCUCAUGCUGCUGCCAGGCCCGUAAUCUGCCAUGGGCCCCCGUACCGCCUCCUCAUGCUGCUGCCAGGUCCAGAGUGUCUCAUGGGUCCCUGUACGGCCUCCCAUUGCUGCUGUCUCCAUCGCCACACUCUGCCAUGUGCCACUUUCAGGUCUCCUCACACUGCUGGUGGGUUCCAUUUUGUCAUAGGGUGCUGGCAGAUUACGGGCCUCCCAUGCUGCUGCCAGGCCCGUAAUCUGCCAUGGGUCCCCGUACCGCCUCCUCAUGCUGCUGCCAGGUCCAGAUUCGCAGCGAAUAUAUUCUCAUCGAAUCGAGUUUAUUCCUCGAAUUCGCCGAAUCAGCCGAAUCGAAUUUUUGAAUACUUCGCUCAUCUCUAUUCGUCACAAUUA